ACCAAAAGGACAACUAUGGCUAACUUCAGUCAAGUUUCCCAUUUCACCCUGGGAGCCUACUUUGACACUGGCCCUUUUAAAUGGCUGUCUUUCCUCAUUAUAAUGUCUGUGUAUAUUCUUAUAGUGCUUUCCAACCUGCUCCUCAUUGUUGUUAUAUGUUUGAACAGGACGCUACAUGAACCAAUGUAUUUGUUUCUCUGUAGUUUAUUUGUGAAUGAACUUUAUGGCAGUACUGCUUUGUUCCCAUUUCUCCUGCUUCAAAUUCUCAAAGAUUUCCACACAAUUCCAGCUCCGUUUUGCUUCUUACAAAUCUUUUCUAUGUUUUCUUAUGCACACGUCGAAUUUCACACAUUAGCCGUUAUGUCAUAUGACCGAUACUUGGCUAUUUGUUUCCCUCUGCAGUAUCACUCAAAAAUGACUCACACCAAAGUUUUCAUCCUCAUUGCUUUGACCUGGCUCUUGUUAUUUAUAGCAGUCAUUAUUUUGAUUUCUCUCAGUGCCCCCUUACCAUUGUGUGGAAAUACCAUUAACAAAGUGUAUUGCGAUAACUAUUCUGUUGUAAAACUGGCCUGUUUCGACACCUCUGUUAAUAAUAUAUAUGGGUUUAUUCACUUGUUCCUGAUCACUUUGUCACCGUCAAUUCUGAUUCUUUUUACUUAUUUUCGUAUAUUUAAAGUGUGUUUCCGAGGCUCCAAACAGACACGGCAGAAGGCUCUCAGCACCUGCACACCUCACCUGGCCUCUCUGCUUAAUUUCUCUUUUGGAGUUGGUUUUGAAAUUAUUCAGAGCAGGUUUAAUAUGAGUUCUGUCCCAAAUAUCAUCCGAAUUAUACUUUCUCUGUACUUUUUAACAGUGCAGCCGCUGUUUAACCCCGUCAUGUAUGGACUGAAAAUGUCCAAAAUACGAAGCUUGUGCAAAAAGACACUUACAGUUUGCCGCGCGGCGGGAAGUCACAAUGUGUCCAGUCGCCUUGGACCUAUCCUCAAGGGUCGGUCUCCGUCCCCAGGGCCUCAAGAUCGGAUCAUGUUGGGGGUCACCAAAUUUUGUUUACCCAAGAUUUCAAUCAUCCAUCAUUUUAGCACCACACCCGCUGGUUUGGCCAUGUCCUUCGCCUUCCUGCUGACCAUCCCACGAGAGCCAUCCUCCAGUUUGACCCAAAGGCAGCAGGCUGGAAACGACCACGAGGCAAGCCCCGCACCCGAUGGCUUGACGUCAUCGCGGGCGACCUCUAACAACUUGGAGUCACCGUAUGCAGAGCAGCUGGCCCUAGACCGCCAGCAUUAUCUGUACGCAUAA